GGACCUCUCACAAAACUCAAUCGGGCUAGCUGAGCCCAUUUGACCAACUCAACUCACCCACACAACCUCUGAACCGGUCAUCCCUUCGCCGCAAGCCGCCGCCUUUUGCGUGUUCGAACUUCGAAGCCUCAGCCGACCCAACACAAAUAAAUAAAUUAAAAAAAAAAAACAUGUCGAUAGCUCUCUCACCAGCUCCUCUUCCCCUACGCACCCAUGCGCACUUUAGCCCCUUCGUUCCUUCCAUGUCUAUCGUGCGCCGCCUGACCCUCAACCGCCAUCGUCGCCGCUUCGCCAGCCUCGCCGUCGCCGCUGCUGUCCGCCAGGACACUGCAGUUUGGACUCCUGCGCCUCUCUCUGCCGUCGAAUCGGCUGCUGAGUCCCUCUUCCAUGUCACCGUCGAUCUCUCCGACGCGCCGGACCUCGCUACCUCUCACUCCCGCGCUGGACAGUACCUUCAGCUGCGGGUUCCGGACUCGGAUAAGCCUUCGUUUCUUGCGAUCGCGUCGCCGCCGGGUUUGAGUUCCGCGAAGGGAGUGUUUGAGUUUUUGGUGAAGAGCGUGGCCGGGUCGACGGCCGAGCUUCUAUGCGGGCUCAGGAGAGGGGACGUUGUGGAGCUUGGACCGGUCAUGGGAAAUGGUUUCGAUGUCGAUCGAAUUCAACCGCCGGAGAAGUAUUCUACUGUUCUCAUCUUUGCUACUGGAUCUGGAAUUAGUCCAAUCCGGUCUCUUAUAGAGUCAGGAUUUAGUGCCGGCAAGCGAUCUGAUGUCAGGCUAUAUUAUGGGGCUAGAAACCUUCAGAGAAUGGCUUAUCAGGAUAGAUUUAAGGACUGGGAAUCUUCAGGUGUUAGUGUAGUGCCAGUUUUGUCUCAACCAGGAGAUGAUUGGAAAGGUGAAACUGGUUAUGUGCAGGCAGCUUUUAAAAGAGCCAAGCAAAUUUUUAACCCUCUCUCCACAGGGGUAGUACUAUGUGGACAGAAGCAGAUGACAGAGGAAAUUACCUCAAUUCUUGUUGAAGUCGGUGUAUCAAAUGACAAAAUCCUGAAAAAUUUUUGACCAUCGAAAAAGGUGUCUUAUUGUUCAAGUAUUUAUUUGUUCCAAUUGUUGAGUAAAAAAUAUAUCUCAGCUCGGAAAUCAAAAUAAGGUGUCUUGAGAGUAGAACUUUAAUAUUAUGAAGUUUACACUUUACAUUAGUGACUAGUGAGUGGCCUGCAAUGCCAAAUAUUAUCAUCAAUGUAGACGCAACAAAAUCCUUGUAUAAUUGAAUUUUCUGAUUUUAGCUUAUCUUUAGAUCACAUUCUGUAGCACGCUCAACUCCAUCUUAUAAAAUACUUACUUAAAAUAUUUUUUUUUUCUA